GCACGAAACCUUCGCUAAUUUUCCGUUAACUAAGUAGAAAUUAAUCUUAAGAUUAGCUAAUCUCAAGAUUAAAUUUAAAGCUAUUGUUCGUAAUUAUUUUCUCAUCUUUUAAAUGAUGAUUAAGUGUUUCCUCAUUAAAAAAUAUACUUAAUCUGAAGACAGAUUAUUAAGGUUUAAAAUCGUUCACCUUGAAUGAAUUAAAUGAACGAUAUUUUUUAUUACCUGCGUUUUUGCUAAUUUAAAUUGGCGCCACUGAAUAAUAAUAUAAUCAGAAAAAUGAGUUUUAUGUCAUAGAGCUUAGAAGCUAAUUUUCAAUUAAUACGUAGUUAUCUCCGCGUGUGUCUGAAAAAAGUCAAAUAACAGAAACAUAGAACUGUCGAAGUAGAAAAAAAGGUAUUUUCUUUUGUUAAAUUAAACCGUUAUUUUUGAGUGUGGACUUCAAGGCAUUUCAAAAUGUAUAAUUCUAAUCAAACAAACGAUAGAAUUCCACGGAAAAGGGGCCCAAACUAUACAGAGGCAGAAAAAGAAAAUUUGAUGUUUUUGGCUAAACGGUACAAUAACAUCAUUGAAUCAAAAGCCACUGGCACAGCAAUUUUCAAAAAAAAAGCAGACGCGUGGGCUCAAUUAGUCAAGAGCUAUAAUGCUUCAUCUACUACUGGUAUAAGAACAACGGAGCAGCUGAAGCAUUUGUACGAAAAUAUGAAGCAAAACGCUAGAAAAGCUCUGGCUACAUCUAAUAAAGCUGACUACCUGCAUAAGCUAGAGGAAGAGAAAGCGAAAGCAGUUCUUGAAUCUCUGGACAAAUCAGACAAAGAAAACAUAUCGGAUUUGGAAACACUGAAGUUCCUGGAUAAAGCUGACAAAAUUGCACGUAAAAAAACUGGUGGAGGGUGCUUCAUCCCCAAUGUCCACAACAAAGAUUUAAAAGUUUUGGAACUAAUAAAGGAUCAGGUGGAACCUCUUCACAGCCCUUUCGAUUCUGCAGCAUCAUAUUUUAAGGAUGACUUUACACCCGAUAAAUCUGUCGAGGAGAGGGCUAAUAAAGCGGAUGAGCCAUUUCCAGUCGAAAAUCAGAUAGUUGUUUGUGAAAUUAUUGAUGUUGACAACGAUUUUAAGGAAGUAAAUGAAAAACCAAAAGAUCAUAAUAUAAAGAAAAAUAAAUUCAGGACCCAGCAAAAGACUAGAAAAGAAACUCAAGGCCCAUCUAUGGUGUCUGAUAACAAGAACAAGACAAGGGGAAAGAAUUAUAAAGCAGCCUAUUUUAAACAAAAAUAUCAGAAUUCUAUUUUGGAGAGGAGGCGAAUAUAUCAAGACAUAAGACUUCGCCAAAAAGAACACAUGCUGUUGUCAAAGAAAUUAAAAUUAGAAAUUGAAAUUCUAGAAAAAAAUAAAUAAAUAGCAUUUAACAGCUGUAA